UCGGUGAAAAUCAGCGUGGAGAGACCUGUACUGGUGCAGCGAGUAAAACGUAUCUGAUCGAAAAAUAGUCGUCGCAUUUGUAGACGCGCAUUGGUCGCUUCGACUCUUAUAUUGAAGCCGGCUCGAAGGACCGCGAAACCCGGUGUUUUUUUUUUUUUUAAAUUUAAUUUGCUGUUUUUUAUGUGUACAUUAAGGUGGAUAUAUUUACUGAAUCUUUAGCAUCUCGUCAUCAUCCCUCCCAGAAAACGGAAAUAUGUGACUGGACUCCAUAUUAAUUAAAAUGAAAUUCCUGGUACUUUUCUGUUGCUUGACAGUAGGAGCUUUUACAGCCACCCUAGAAAGGCAACCGGUAAAACGAAGCAAAGAGACUCACGGAUGUCCGAAAGACUUUAUCAGGUUGGGGCACAGAUGUUAUUUUUUUAGUAAGGAGAAGGCCACGUGGCAAGCGGCCUUUUAUCAGUGUUUGUCCAUGAAAAGUAACCUGGCCAUUAUCAAGAAUAAGAAUCAGGAUAAACUUAUAAGGAAAACUUUGAGCAGGAAAACUCUUGAUUCUACGGAAAGAUGGCUGGGAGGUCGUUUCGAUUGGCACAGAAAAGAAUGGAAAUGGGCCGUCUCCUCCAAACCAUUGAGCUACAAAGGGUUCGACGAAUCCGUGAACCAGGAUUCCGAAAACCUCCAAUGGUUCUGCAUAAUCGCCGAUCCUAAGCUAGAAUUCAGGUGGAACGCACGCAGCUGCCUGGAAUCCAAACAGUUCAUUUGCCAGAAACGGGUCCAGAAGCCGAAAAAGAACAAACUGCCCAAGAACUAUCGAGAAUCGAAUAUCUUGAACGAAAUCCCCGUGCCCGAUAUAUCGAAUGAUAUUGUAACGAAAGAGCAACCCAGUUCCGAUCCAUUUCACAUCGAAGUUUACCCUUUGGUGUUCAAUUCGAAACCAGUUGCUCUGAAGAAGAAAGAAAGGAAAGCGAGGAAGAAGAACAAACUAGCAGUACCAGCUUUGAAGCAGUACUCCAAUGGAACCGUGUAUGAAAAUACUGCACCAGCAGUACUGUUAAGCGAUGAACCAGUUAGAAAGAGACGAAAUAGAGUGAAAGAAAAGGAGAAUCUCAAGCAAGCCCCCAUUUACUACAGGACGUACCAAGAGAGCAGAAGAGGGAAGAAUCCACUGCUUCCCAAUCCGGUUGUAGAAGAGUACAACUUCGGUAAAGGUGAUAUGGAGCUUAAACUGGUUUGGGUGUUUUUGGUGCUCGUGGAGGUUGCAAGUGUAAUAUCCCAAAGCGAGAACCUACAAUACCGUUACGUAUGCCCGAAAAACUUUCAAAACAUAGGAAAGAAAUGCUACCAUUUCAGCAACAGUUCGGGAACCUGGUUCCAGGCAUAUUUCAAUUGUAAAGACUUGGGUGACAGCAAUUUCACGGUUUUCACCGAGAGAUACGACCAGAGGCAAUUCGAACAAUAUUUGUUUAAAAACCGAAACAGGAAUCAGGGAGUCAAUUCCAACUCCUACUGGGUAGGAGGUUUCAAGGACUGGAAACAAAAAAGGUGGAUCUACACCGACGGAUCCGUAAUGCUUUUCCCCAUCCCCAAAGAAAUCCGGAUGAGCGAACGCGACAAUUGGACCUGUUUACUAGUCGAUAUAACCAAAAAGAGUUGGAAAGCGGAAAACUGUAUGGAACGUCGUCCGUUCAUAUGCGAAACGAAAGCAGUAGCGAGCGUCGUACUCACUCAAACCGAUAAAAAAGUGAAACGGAAGAUCACGAUCGAUGAGUGCAUCAAUGUGCCGGAAACGCUUACCAGGAAACAGAAGAGACGAUGCUUAAAACUGUUGGAGGGUGGAGGCGGUGGGUGGAGGAGGCGUGAGGAGGAUGAAUUCUUGGACGAGCCGGCUGCAGUAAUACAGCAAGCAAAGCCGGUAUUCGAACCAAAACCACUGAAGGCCCUGACGCACAUUUGCCCCCAAAACUGGAUGUCUUUGGGCAAUCAGUGCUACCUAUUCAGUAAAGAGAGGGUGACGUGGACCGAUGCGCAUUUCACUUGCGGCCAAAUCAACGCUAAAUUGGCCGUAAUUAAAUCGAAGGCGCAGGAUCAGAAGUUGAGGAUUUUUUUGAACGGAUUCACCGAAAAACAAGAGAGGUGGAUCGGGGCACGAUACAAUGGAAAAUCGAGGCAAUGGAUAUGGGCCUUAAAUGGAAAACCUUUGAAAUACACCGGAUUCGCUCAAGAACCCGGAGUAAAUGGGACUGGAAGUUUGGAAUGGCACGCUAUCGUCAUGGAUCCUAAUCAUGCCUAUAAGUGGACCCACAAAAACGAAAUGGAAAAACACUAUUACAUCUGUCAAGUGAAAGGUAGAGCAGUAAAAAGGCUGAACUACCCCAGAAGACCUUCGGCAACCAUCGACAUCCUUCCAGAGAGGAGAUACCAAAAGAGGUUACAGCAGAGAGACAACCGUGGCCGAAACUAUAAAAACAGAAGGAUUAAUAAUAGAAAUAAAAGGGUGGAAGAUGAGUGAAUGGAGAAACAAGAAGUAAUAGUCAAUACAUAUAUUCCUUGGUAAUAGUCUAAAGAAAAAAAAAACAUUCUCAGAAUAUUUUGUACUUUGCCGGUCUGAGAAGGAGUAUUUCAAGACUCAGUAAGAUGUUGACAAUUAUUGAUGAGCGUGUAUUCCUAUAAUUUAUGUUGUACUAUUCCCAAGCAACACAUCAUAUUAUAUAUUUAUUUAAGGAUCUUUUAGUAAAUUAUUGAUUUUGAUAUAUUUAUCAAACUGAAGUAAUUUAUUUAUAUCAUAUACGAUUCUGUUUACAAAAGUAAGAAAAUUUUGACAUUUAAAAAAUUGACACGGAAUUUACGUAUUUAGUUUUUAAACUCGAUUACUACACUUCAAAUAAUUGAUGAAAUUCUUCUUAAAAAAUCACUGCAGAAUUUCUUUUUUCAUUAACAUAACCCUUACCCCCCCACCCACCCCAAACAUUUAACCAGUAAGAUAUUCCUUUGAAAAAUCACUGUUUUUCGUCCAUAAUAUUCAAUCUAAUAGCACUACAAUGUAUUAAAUAUUUAUUAAUAUACAUAAAUAUAAUUAUAUCAAAUUUAAAUAAACAAACUGUGUUAUUAGAUUGGAUAUUAAUGAUGAAAUCAGCUGUUUUUCAUGCGUAGUAUUUGAAAAAAUAAUGAUUUUUUAAAACAAUUUCUAACUGGUAAAUUAUGUGGGGUUGGUGGGGGGCUAAGGGUAGAAUUAAUGAAAAACGUUUUUUAUUUCCGGAAAAUAAUUACCUGAGAGAAAAAUGCUUAUAUUAUUAACACGUAAUAAACCUUCUUGUUAAACCUGAAUAACAUAAACAUAGUAUUAACAAUAAGCAAAUAUUUUAUCCGAUAUUUAUAAUUGAAGUUCAACCAAAAAAAUGAUGUAAUCCAUGUAAUCCAAAAAAUGAACGUUUAUUGAACUAUCGUGUGUUGCUUGGGCUAGGGAUCUUAGUCAAAAGAUCAUUUUGUAAUUUGUAGAAUAAUUAUCAGUAUUAAAUUAUAUGUCCAAAAUCAUUAGCGCCUAAUGGAUUUGUAAUUAUAGGUGAGCUUCUAAUAGGUUAACAAAUGUAUAUUAAUUUUUUUUUUGUAUGUAAAUUCGCCGUUACCCAAUAACUGCCAUGAACUUCCUGCUUUUAAGUUAUUUUUGUUGUGCGUGCUAAAAUCGUGUAGUUACCACUUUUUGUAUAAAUAAAUGUUGUUUAAUUUA